AUGGGGCCAUGUCAACCUAAAUUGAGUAAGUAUCCACCUAUUGCAUAUUCAAAUCAAAAUCGACAUUUUCAGUAUGGUUGGUUUGCACAAUUCCCAUGGUUAGAGUACUCAAAAGCAAAAAAUAGUGCAUUUUGUUUUCCAUGUUAUCUUUUCGACAAAUGUUCCUCGAAGUAUGUUACAUUUACUCGUGAAGGAUUUCAAGAUUGGAAGAGAGUCAAAGAAAGGAAGAAAUGCCCAUUUGCACAACAUGAGGGCAAUGCGAAUUCACUACAUAGUUUUGCUAUGGAAAAGUGGAAUAAUUUAGUGGAUUCAUCUCAUCGCAUUGAUAAAGUUAUAAACAAGGUAACUUCUCAAGAAAUACUAAGUAAUCGAUUACGACUUAAGACUUCAAUAGAGAGUAUGAAAUGGUUAGUUAUGCAAGGGUGUGCAUUUAGAGGUCAUGAUGAAUCUAUCCAUUCUACUAAUCGUAGAAAUUUCAUUGAAUUGGUUAAGUUGCAAGCCAGAGUGAAUGAAGAAAUUGUUUCAGUUGUCUUAGAAAAUGCUCCUCAAAAUGCCAAGUAUACAUCUUCCAAGAUUCAGAAAGAAUUAUUGCAUAUUUUUUCUAAUAAAGUGCAAAAUAUGAUUCGUGAAGAAGUGGGGGAUGCCAAGUUUUGUAUUCUUGUUGAUGAAACUCUUGAUGAAUCUAAUAAGGAACAGAUGGCCAUCAUUUUGAGAUAUGUGGACUGCAAGGGCAUUGUUCGAGAACGUUAUUUUGAAGUUGUUAAUGUGAUCGACACAAAUGCAUUAAUGCUUAAAAAAGAGAUAUGCAAUGUGCUUUCUCGUUACAAUCUUUUGGUUGAAAGUUUACGAGGUCAAGGAUAUGAUGGAGCUAGUAAUAUGAGGGGCGAAUGGAAUGGAUUAAAAGCCUUAUUUCGCAAAUAUUGUUUGUAUGCCUAUUAUAUGCAUUGUUUUGCCCACCGCUUGCAACUUGCUUUAGUUGCGGUAUCUAAAGAAGUCCAUGAGGUAUGCUUAGCCUUGAAUCCUAUUGAUGGGUUCAAAUCGUUCAAUAUUGAGGAUAUUUAUACUCUUGCUCAAAUUUUCUAUCCUCAAGAUUUUACUCGAAUUGAGUUAGAUGCUUUGAGAAGACAGUUGGAGCACUAUGAGUAUGCAGUGGUUCGUCAUGCAGAUUUUCAGAAUAUUGCUUCUCUUUCUCAGUUAUGUCAAGGAUUGGUUGAAACUAGAACAUCGGAUCACUUCUUUUUGGUUGGUAGAUUAAUUCUCUUAGUGUUGACUCUUUCAGUUUCGACAGCAACUACAGAGAGAGCAUUUUCAGCAAUGAAUCUUGUGAAGACAUCACUUCGUAAUAAGAUGGAUAAUGAUUUCCUUGCAAAUUGUUUGGUUGUUUACAUUGAGCGAGAGUUUACCAAUUCAAUAGAUGUCGAAUCCAUAAUAAAUGAGUUUGAUGAGAAGUCUCAUAGAGUAAAGCAUAGUAUCAAUGAACUUAAUUGA